AGGAGUUCCGGGAAACAGGCGGCCUCCGCUUUCUGGUAUCCUGAGCUGGCGAGUUGAGUGCUUGUGUUUCGCGCUGGAGUAUCUGCGCCGCCGCCGGGAAUCAUGGUGUUCUACUUUACCAGCAACAGCGUUAACUCAUCUGCUUACACUAUUUACAUGGGAAAGGAUAAAUAUGAAAAUGAAGAUCUAAUAAAGCAUGGCUGGCCUGAAGAUAUUUGGUUUCAUGUGGACAAACUCUCUUCGGCUCAUGUAUACCUUCGAUUACAUAAGCGGACAAUUCCGGACCUUCUGUCUUUUCCUGUGGAGAUCAUGUGUGGUUCCUUCUCACACUCCCUCACCGAGGGUGGAUAUUCCCAGUUAUCAGGGGCUUCUUUGGGACAUUUAAAACAGCAUUAGAAUAGUAAGGGGAAAAGAAGCAACGUUUCCUAGUAACAUAAAAGCACUGGUUUUCUUUUUUUUUUUUGAGGUAGUGGAGGUGUUCUGUGGAGCAGAAGACUUUACUUAUUUUUUAUUUGUUUUAAAGAUUUUAUUUAUUUAUUUGUCAGAG